AUGUCAAUUAGCUACCUUAAAGAGACUGUUGAUUCAAGAUGCCUUCCAACAGGAUAUAGUGCUAAUAUAGUCCUAUUACUAGAUUCUUGUGAUCAUUGCUAUAAAAAACUUGAUAAAGAUCGAUUAGAAAAAGAUCCAAAUAUUCUUACCUCUGAUGAACAAGAUGCAACUCUAAUAGAAAAAGAAAAUGAGGUGGUGGAAGAAGUAGAAGCAAAUAGGAGUCAAGAAGUGCAUACAGAAUUUAUAAAUGCACUUAGUCACGUUAAUACUUGGUAA